AUGGGCUGCCUUUCUGGGUACCUGAUGUCACCUGCCAGCAUUCAGAAGUUGUUUUGUGGAAUUUGCUCAGUGUUCAAAUGUUCUUUCGAUGAAUUUGUGGGGGAGAAAGCAGUCUCCCCGUCCUAUUCCUCUGCCAUCUUAGGACCGCCCUCUCUUUUUUUCUUGAUGAGUCUGGCUAAGGGUUUGUCAAUUUGGCUCAAAGAACCAGCCUUUAUUAAUAUUUACUAUUGUUUCUUUCACUUCUUUUUCAUUUGUUUCUUCUUGGAUAUUUAUGAUUUCUUUCCUUCUACUAAUUUUGGUCUUUUCUUUCUUCUUCUUUUUCCAGUUGCUUUAGGUGUAAAGUUAGGUUGUCUAUUUGAUGUUUUUCUUGUUUCUUGA